AUGAAACUCCUCCUCCAUCCUUCCCUCCAAGCCAUAUCGCGCCGCCUGCCCCGCUCUCGUCGCGUGAACCUCGUGUUCAGACUCUCGGCGCUGAUACUCCUGCUCUCCGUCCUCGAGGCCUUCUACCACAGCCAGGUGUCGCUGUCGAUCCCCCGACCGGCCGAACAUCAUAAUCUUGACGAGCCGUUCUCGAUUGGAUGUCAGGAUGUUUCCAAGCUGGUGACGCGGCCGCGGGAGAGCGCGGUGCUGGUUAUGCUGGCGAGGAACAGCGAGCUCAAGGAGGCGAGGAAGACGGUGGAGAAUGUGGAGGAGAGGUUUAACAAGUGGUUCAACUACCCGGUGCUGUUUCUGAACAAUGAGCCCUGGAGCGAGGAGUUUGUCAGGGGGAUGAAGGAGGUUGUGAGUGGGGAGGUGAGGUUUGAGGUCAUACCCGAGGGGAUAUGGGGACCGACUGCGGGGUUGACGGAGGAGGUGGUGGGGGAGUAUUUGAGGAAGCAGAAGGAAGAGGGGGUGUAUAAAGGGGAGAUUGAGGGGUAUCAUCACAUGUGUCGGUUUUAUUCUGGUGAAUUCUACAACCUCGACGCCCUGAAAGAAUACAAAUACUAUUGGCGCCUCGAGCCAGGCGUCAGCUACGGCUGCUCCCUCACCUACGACCCCUUCGUCAUGAUGGCCGACCGCGGCAAAAAAUACGGCUACACUGUCGCCCUCUGGGAGGAACCCAACACGUGCCCCUCGUUAUUCCGAACCGUCGACGAGUUCCGAACGCAAAACAACAUCCCCAUGCACCCCAACUGGAAAGCCAUGAUUGACGAGGAGACGAACUGGCUGCUGAAACCGGCGCCCAUCCGCUGGCUGCUUGGGAAGGUCCUCCGGCGAGAACACUACGACAUCAAGGGCGAGAAGUGGAAUUUGUGUCACUAUUGGUCCAACUUUGAAAUUGCAGACUUGGAUUUCUUCAGAGGGGAACAAUACCAGAAACUGUUUAGACAUUUGGAUAAAACGGGGGGUUUUUACCGGGAGAGGUGGGGAGACGCGCCGAUUCACUCGCUGGCGGUGCACUUGCUGCUUGAGGCGAAGGAGGUGCAUCAUUUUAGCGAUGUUGGGUAUUAUCAUGAGCCUUUUUGGCAGUGUCCUCAGAAUGCCAAGGGGAAGCAGCUUUUGGAUAAUGAGAUGAUUGGCAAGGCACCGAAGGGGAUGGGUGAGGAGCAGGAAGGGGGCCAUGGGUGUAGGUGUGAGUGCGGGUUGGGGAAGAAGGGAGACUGGAGGAGGAGGAAUAAUAGGGGGAUUUGUCUGGAGAAGUUGCAGAGGCCGGCGGCGUAUGUGAGGCCUAGUUGGUGGGAUUUGAGGAGGAGGAGGUGGCCGUAUUCGGUUGGGUUCGAUGAGGAGGGGAGAUAUGUGGUGUAG